AUGACAUCUCCCACUCCCCAGAAUCCUUUCAUCGACGACGACGGUGAUAAUCCUUUCAGCGAGACUCACGCACUCAACAAGCAAUUCGACGAUGACGACAAUCUCGAAACCCCCACUCAGUCGCACACUUUCACCUACCCCACCACAUCCGCAGACCACCGAGAGGAGGAUUUGGCGAGGAGAGAGGCUGAUAUCCAUCUCCGAGAGAGCCGCAUGAAGCAAUUCGGCAGGAACAAUUGGCCCCGAUUCUAUCCCCUCAUAUACUGGGAUAUCCGCGAAGAAAUCCCCUUGGAACACCGUUCAACUACUCUUCUUGCUUACAGGCUUUGGCUGUUCCUAAUUGCUGUAUUCGCUAUCAACUGGGUUGGCUGCCUCCUCCUUAUCCAGGGCGACGGCUUUGAAAGUCUGGCUGCUGCCAGCGGUUAUCUCUUCAUUAUACCCAUCUCCUUCUUGCUCUGGUUGAGACCUCUCUACAAUGCCCUGAUGAAAGGCCACGCUUUUUACUACCUCGUCUACCUCUUUUUCGGCGGCUGUCAUCUCGCUUUCUCCGUCUACGUCCUGAUCGGUAUACCAAACACAGGCGGUUUUGGCAUCGUCAACACUAUACGCGCCUUGGCGUCCGGAAAGAUAGCCUCUGGUGUUUUGGGCGUCGUCAGCAGUGUUGGAUGGGCAAUACAAGGUCUCGGUUUCUGCUGGGUGUACUUGCAAGUCUACAAGCAGUACAAGCAGAAAGGAUUGACUAUCGACGCUGCCAAGUCGGAAGUCACCGCUCAUGGCUUUAGAGCGUAUUUCUCGCGCAAUUCCAACAUAUAA